AUGUGUCCCCGUAAGCCCUAUUGCAAAAAAUUUAUAUACAAACCGUAUUUAGAACGUAUUAAAUAUUUGGUGAGAUUACCGAAUCACAAGAAAAUAAAUGAGCUUGCACUUAUUGGCACUCAUUCGUCAUUCUCGUACGAUGUUAAUGACGAAAAAUCAAAAACUCAAGAUAUGAAUAUCCAGCAGCAAUUGAAGUAUGGAGUUCGUGUUUUUGACAUCGGCAUACGCUCAAAAUCUAAUUCAUUCGAAAUCUAUUCAAACGAUGUUGCUACAAAUAUUAAUUUUGAGGAUGCACUGCUUUAUAUUGAUAAUUUUCUCGACAAUAAUCCUGGUGAAUUUAUAAUUUUGUUUAUACGCCAAGUUUAUCUCUUAAGGUAUGAAAUUACCCAACAGAAUUGUCACAUUCUUAAUUUUUACAAAAGGAAUUUUGUGAGUGGACGGCGUUUAGUAAAAAAUUGGCAGCUAACUGAUACUAUUGGACAGCAUCGUGGGAAAAUUCUAUUAGCUAGUUUGGAUUACUCAUUUUACGAUUGUACUUUAAUCCUUCGCCGUAAGUGUCUUCUUCAAAAUGAUGAUGUCAUUUACGAAAAUAAAAAACUGCUUCACAAUUUAACAGCUAAAUGGAUCUCCGUAUACAAAACAAUACAAGCUAGUUAUAGUGAGAACUAUGAAUGUUAUAUUAAUGACAUAAGUUUUUGGGACGGCAUCAAUAGUCCUCGUAUUAUUGCGAGAGACGGCGAUUAUAAAGAAGAUAAAAAUCGAUGUCCAAUACCACUCAAUUACAUGAUGGCUCAAUUUUUUGAAAAUCCACAUUUCAAAUUAACUAUCGUUAUGGCCGACUUUCCUCCUCAAGAACUAAUUGAUAAAGUAAACGACGGCAAUUUUCCAAAUUCAUCUUGGCGAUCUGGGUGGGAAUAA